ACACCGGCUAUCAGAAAUGCUUUUGUUUGUCAAAGGAGAAUUUUUAUUUUUUUCCCUGACACUCCUGCUGGUGCCUACGUCCUCGGAUCCAACAUGAGUAGGUUAAUUGUAAUUUAAAUAGGCUGUAAAAGAAAUAAUAGCAAAAAUGACUAUGACACUAAUAAUCCUCUCACUAAACUUGUACAUAAUAUUCACUAUUUCCACGUAUUUGAAUGGGGUCAUGGGGCCUUUUGAAAACAGAUGGAUUUGCUCAAGUGUUGAAAAUGUGAUGCUGUUUAUAUCUGUCCUAUCCAUGUGGUCAAGGUUAGGCUAUCUUCUUUUUAUUGUUCCUCAUCCUCGGCAUUUUAUAAACGUCUUUAUGCUCACAUAUUACCCACAUGUCUAUUAUAUCAAAGUGAAGCUGCGUUACUCCUCGCCUAAAGCCAUUAUGCAGAAACAUUCUGUCUGUAAAGGCGACUAAAAUGCGUUUUAACACCCCUCAUGCUUCAUAAAUCACGUUGUCCUUCUCCACUGUAGUGGGGGAAUAGCUUGGGUUAACUGUUUCCUUCCUCUUUGCAACAAUGAUCAAAUAUAAACACCAUUAAGCCAUAGUGCAGGGGGGGGUGAUUUAUAUAGAAUUGGUUUACUUGAACUUUAUUGCGUCUCUGAGUGCCCCAUUAAGAUACAGUGGAAAAUGCUGCACUUGGUUUUGAAGAACUCAGUGCAAAUAGUGUGUAGAUAAAACCCUAUCAAGUUAAAAGCCUCAUCGUGCUGCAGCUUACACGAGAAAUGGCUAAAUUACACUGAUCUUAUAGCAGAGGCCCAGGAUGUUGCAUAAAGGAGCAGGUGAGCUGGAGAGACACGCUCCAUGCACUCGCUUGUUAAUUGAGUUCUGUUGCUCUCUCCAACCUAAUUGGUUUUACCACGAGAGCUGCUGUUAAAUGGGGCGAGCACACACCCACACACACACGGACACACACCUGCUAAUGGCCGGCAAACAUGGUGAGAGUGCAGGGGGAGUAAAGCGACCGCUUGUCAAGGGCCCAUCGUGCAGGGGACACUCGCUAAAUGGUGUUAAAUGAUGCAUUUGCAGAAGUGUCAUGGGAACAUUUUAAAAGUCACGAAGGUGUAGACAAAGAGGAGGAGGAGGAGGAGGAGGGAGUGAGGUGAUGUUUGAGCGUUUUCACCACAGUUUCCAAGACAGCUGUCUCUCCAUGCAGGUCUCUUAUCUCGCAGGUCAACCAAUGUUUGCGCCCAUCCGCAUCGAUUUAUCUGCUGCAGUGUGCAGACAGGAGAUACAUCCAUAUAAAUUGUCGAUGGGUGCAUGUGUUUGAGGGCAAACCCUACAUGAGAAACGGUCGUGCGCUCUAAGACUAAAAAGUGACACCUCUGACCAGGUUCUUUACGCAUGGAUGUAGGGUCCCACAGCUUGAGGGGGGCAAACACGUGGGUGCAGGUUGUGGUAUUUACAGAGGGACAUUGAUUUACGCGCUCACAUGCGUUCUGUUCAAUUCACUGAAGAAGGGGGAAAAAAAAAGAAGCUGCACAAUAUCCUGGAAACUGAGAGUCUAGAGCCAGGUCUGUCGUGGUGAGCAAACAGUGAAACCAAUGGCCUGUGCGCUGCAGAGUCACAUGGUGGCACAGUGACACACCUGUGUGGAGCCGUGAGGGGCCACGCAGUUGCGCCAGAGGCAGGUGAGAGCAGAGGAAGGUCCACGCAAGCCGAGGCAGGGCGCAGCAGCUCCGGUACAUGUGCGCGCAAACGGCCCCAGAGCCCCGGGUCCUCGGCAGCCAUGAAUCGGGAAGAUCACUACUACCCCUCGCAGGUUUUUAAAGACUCCUGCGCCUACCAGAGACAGCAGGGCGAGGACUACAGCCACAGCCCGCCGCCCUGCCUCUACAUGAGCAGGCAGGUCCACUCCAUCUACACGCAGCCGGCCAUGGGAGCCCUGGAGCAGGCCGGGCUCUCUGACAUCGCCCCCUCCUACAACCUGCCCGGCCUGCGAGAGGACCAGGGUGUGCCACAGCUCCACCACCCGCAGGGGCUCCAGCAGCAGACCCUCCAGCCCGCCGCAGGCUAUGGAGACGCGGUGGAGCAGAGCAGAUAUCACCUCCCUUUCCCCUGGAUGAAAACUACAAAAUCCCACUCACACACCUGGAAGGGACAGUGGGCAGGUGCGUACGUGAUGGCUGAGUCUGAGGACAACAAGCGCACCAGGACUGCCUACACGCGCGCACAGUUGCUGGAGCUGGAGAAGGAGUUCCUGUUCAACCGCUACAUCUCCAGGCCGCGGCGCGUGGAGCUGGCGCUGACGCUCAGCCUCACCGAGCGUCACAUCAAGAUCUGGUUCCAGAACCGGCGCAUGAAGUGGAAGAAGGAGGAGGACCGCAGGAAGGUCCGGGGCGCGGACCCGGACCAGGACUCCUCCAUCACCUCCGGAGACCAGGGGGAGGCCGCGGGAGGCGUCUCCUCCACAAACGGACCUCACGCCGCCUCGCCACCCGUGUCCCCGCUGCGCGCUCACUCUCUCUCCGCUGCUGGGUCCCGAGAGACCGCGUAGACCACGAGGGCACUUACUAUGUGAAGUACGACCCAGAGAUACUGCAGGGACAAUUUGAGAGGACUGGUAAAACUCAUGUUCCCCUUCUGCUGAUCUUGUUGAUCUCCCCCAGGCGCCACUGCAGCCACUCACUGGAUGUCACAUUUGGAUGUUUCCCAUCUGGACUGAAGGGACAUUGCUUUAAUCAACUUCUCCAUGCAUACCCCCCCCCCCCCUUCUGUUUAGAGGCAGCAACAUGGAUUCAGUUGCACAAACUUGUUUCUCACCUCAGAGAUGUGAGAGGCCUGUAUAGUCACCAUCAUGCUAAUGAAUGUAAAUACACAUAAUAUGACUGUCAAGGAAGAGGCUAAAUAUUUGCAAUGAUCGCAUGUGUAUAUAAGCCUAUAGUGUAAAUUCUAAAACUAUAAUCGAUGAUCCACAUAUUUUAUUGUUUAAAAGAUUCAUUUCACAGUAUGAAUAGGCUGUCACACGUAAAUUUAGAAUAAAACGAAUAUCACGACAUGUGUAUAUGUCUGAUAAACUUGCACAAGUGAGAUUCAAUAUAAACUCCAGUAGUUCAAAAAAGCACAAUUUGAGAAGAUUACUAUUAAGCCUGUGUCGUUCACAAGGCAGCUAACAUUGGACCGAGUGAAAGAACAUGUUCACUAAUGUCCCAACUCUAUGGGAUCUUCUUCAAGGACCACUGUAAGCCCCAUGGAUGACAUUGCUUUAUCUUAUAUCUUAAUGCAUAUGUCAGCACA